ACAGUUCCGGCUGCACUUAUGAGCUUACAGAAGUGGUAUAAUGGCUGCUACGAAGAUCAUAUACUACGUGGGGGGCUGCUCCCUUGCAGGAUAUUUACUGCUGAAGCUGGUCGAACGUGACCCUGAGACACUCCGCAAGUAGAAACUGCCUGAGGGGAAACAAAUAGAUUAUGAAACAGAAGCUCAGAAGCGCAAUGCUCUAUUUAUGUGUGUGCUGAAGAAUGCUGCAGCCGGAGAUGAUCCUGAAGUAGCUGCUAGGAAGGCACGAGAGAUGUAUCAAGAGGAACAGGCUCGCAAGGCAUCUUGAAUAUUCUUAUUCAGUUGUACAUAUUUGAUAAUUACACUUGAGGAAAUUGCUUUCAGGUUAGUCUUUACAAUUAUAAAUAAAUAAUGGAUCCGUCGCAAGCUUCCACCUAUUCUAUCAUCUUGGAACGUAUGAAGCAGAGAACAGAUGAACUAGCACAAAGAGCAGAGGAAAGACGUUCUGAGAAAGAGAGUAAUGCAGCUGUAGCUGAAAAUGCUGAUUAUUUCCUUGAAACUUUUCAACGUAUGAAGAAUGACUUAAAAAGAAAGAUUGAAGAAGCAAGAAGUGUAAACAAAGAAAAUAUGUUGUUAUACUUUGAUGAUUUGGUAAAGGAUUUUCAACAAAUGCAGCAAUUCUUAAAUGAAUCCUCCAUGUUUUUAGCUUCUUUCCAAAUUAAGAAAGCCUUAAAUGACAUGAAAGAGUUAAAUGAUCAAAUUCAGUGCGUAAUCGAGGAGCUUCAGCCGAAGAAAAAGUUUGGCUUUGGGAAGAAAAAGUUGGCAGAAAAAAGUGAAAAGGCUAAAGAUAUUAAAGCAGACACCAUUGACAGCAGCAUUUCAAAGCAUAGCACCUUAGACAUAUUACUCCAAAAGCAAUUUUUUGGUUUUAAAGACCAGAGAGAUCAGACACUGAUAAUGUCAGCUACUGAACUGGAAAACCGACAGUUAAACCUGCAAAACUUGCAAGAUUGUAAGGUUAUUGCUCUUGGAAAUCCAAGCACAUUACAAGUGGCCUCGCUUAGAAAUUGCACAGUGGUAGUUGGUCCAACUUCAAGAUCAGCAUUCAUUAAAGACUGUAUUAAUUGUAAAUUUGUGAUUGGUAGUCAGCAAGUUCGCAUUCAUGGCACACAAGAUACACAGUUCUAUUUACAUGUUACAGCAGCAGCUAUAAUAGAAAAUUGCCAGAAUGUUAAAUUUGCACCUUACAACCUUAACUACUCAGAAUUAAUUGACCAUUAUUGCCAAAGUGGUUUAGAUUUAAGUACUAACCAGUGGAACAAAAUUGAUGACUUUGAUUGGUUGAACGAGAAUGAAAAGUCCCCCAAUUGGUCCGAAAUUCCUGAGAGCGAAAGAAUUGACAACUGGUUAGAGUAAACAUUGCAUUACUGCACAAAGUGCAAUAUUGAUGAAUUGAUAUUUUUGUAGCUUGGGAUUUUUCUCAAAUUUACUUAAUCAAAUGUAUCUGGAAACAAGUGACAUUGAUUGCUUUAAACUGCAAAAUUAUUUUGCUCUGCUGCUGUAUUUGUACUAGGAGUAAAAAUUGCUUAUAAAUGUUGAUGAAUUAAGACUUAAAUCUUAAUUCAUGCUGAAAUAUUUUAACAUUUUUUACCUCUAACAUUACUCUUCUAUCAUUUCUGCUAAAGCUUUCUCACCUCACAAAAGUGGCAAAAGGGGUAAUGAUGGAACAUGAUUUAUGCAUCACCCACCACCAGUGUAUCAUAGAUCAUAAUGUACAUUAUGAUUAUUAUAGUGCAAGAAACUAUCUGGUAAAUGCCAUUAUAUAACAAAACUAAUAUUUAAUUAUUAAGAAUAGGAAGUUGCACACAGUUUCAAAUACAGUAAGCUGUCUCAUAAAGCACCUUUAUAUAGUGCAGUUUUUUGUAAAUGCAAUUGAAAAACUGCAUCCAAAAUUGAAUAGCACAUGAAAAGGCCUUCAGUGUAUGUGCUGUUCAGUUUUUGAUGCACUUUUUCAGUAGUAUUUGCAAUAUAUACAAUAGCUUUAUAAGAAAACUUACAUUAUGUUAAUCAUUGGCAUUUCCUUAAUCUAAUAAAAUAAUGGAGUCUUCACAAGAUAUAAAUACUCGGAUCCAAUGCACGGAUUGUCGGAGUAUAUACCUUAUCACUAUGACAAAGAACUCCCUGAAAACCCACUCAAAGUUUUGGGGGUAUUUAACCUUUCUUACCUCUUUUCCUGUUUACCCACCUUUUUCACUACUUCAUCCUUCCCUAUUCCUGGCAUCAUUCUUAUGUCUUAUAAAAAUGUAGGGAGUAUAGUUAUAUAUUUCUACUAUUGAAUGCUGAACCCACUGAUGCCUUAAGUUUCAAUUUGGUAAAUAUACAGAGAAUUGUACAUUCAUUCUUAGUUUUAUAAUUUCUCCUCUGAAGGUGAAAACCUCAUGGGAUCAGCAAGCCAGAUUGACAUUUUGGUAAUCUUUUUCUUUAUCCCCAUCGGCCAUCUCUCACUAAGGUUACCCAAAAAGAGGAAACUUGUUCACCUAUAUAAUAUCCAGUCAAAUGAAGAUGAAAAAGGUUUUUCUUGUUCUGACCCAGCAUUAUACAGAAAUACUCAUGUAUAUUAGUUGGGGUUGACAUUUUCAGUUUCAGCAUUAUCAUCACUGCAGUGGUGAUUACACUAAUCAAAGGAAGUGUAAGAUUAAAUUUAGGAUCACCUAUAUAUUGUAUAGCAAUAAACAUCAUACAUAC